UCGAUCCGAACCAUGUGUUGUAUUUUAGAGGAAAACUUGGUCUUAUGUGAUAAUGUCCUAAUAUGUCAUAAUUUGGGAUUUGUCAUCAACUAAUUGAUCUUGUGUUUGGAGUGAUUUUUUUCACCUUGGACCAUUAGCCCGAGGGCCAUUGUGAUGUUAUCAUUAGUGUGAAAGAAAGUUAUAAUUUUAGCCUACAUUUGUGAUAAUUAUGUUGUUGAUUUUGUUUAAAUGGAUUGUAUUUGAUGUGAAGACCAAAGAUGACCACAGGUCACCUAGAUUAUAAGAUAUGAUCUUUUUUAACAACUAAAUGACAAACAUCAGUGAGAAAUCUUGUCCCCUCCUAGGAGUGGGACUACCGCACCUUGUUUAUUUGACACAUGAAGGGACUUUGUCCAAUGUUUGUGUGAUUGGGUCCAAGGAUUCGGACCAGGAGUAUUCAGAUCUAAACUGGUGGGAUUCUUGUUGUUGUGGAAGAAUUUCUAAAAAUAUGAAAUUAACUCAUGCAAAAGGGAUAUCUAAAAGGUUGUCUGGGAUCGCCCGAUGGAGUCGUUUAUGGAAGUUGAUACAAGAUGGUGAAUGUGAAGCAUGCUCGGAUCUUGUGAUUGACCCACUUGGGGAACACAGUGAUAAUCAAUUUGAUCAAAAAGUUAAAAAAUUCCUGAUGGAUCGAUCAAUUCUCAAAGUUCACCUCCCUAAUGGAGGAUUUAAUAUGGUCAAAUAUGGGGAUGCCACGGAUGUCAAAGACAUCAUUCAAUUGGUUGUUGGUCGGUUGGCUGCUGGUGAAAGAUAUUUUUCAAAGUGCUACGCAUUAAAACUUGUACAUAUUAUUACCCGAAAAUCUUACUGGCUACAUAAUAAUUUAUCUAUGUACCAAGUACGACAAAAAUAUGAAUCUUCACAUCCGCCAGAGGAAUGGAGAUAUGAACUUAGAGUUCGAUUUUUACCAAAGAGUUUCCAAGAAUUAUUCCAGCGAGAUAAAGUGACAUUUUUCUAUUUAUACGAUCAGAUAAGGAAUGAUUAUAUGCGUGAUAUAGCAGAGACUAUUGACCAAGAAGUUGCCAUCAGACUAGGAUGCAUAGAAAUGAGGCGAUUCUUUAAAGAUAUGCCGCAAGUUGCCAUAGAUAAGAAGUCCAACUUUGAAUAUUUAGAAAAAGAAGUUGGAUUAAAACGUUUCCUUCCCCGAUCUGUGAUAGAUUCUACAAAGUCCAAAACAUUACGGAAGUUGAUACAACUCCAUUUUAAACAGUAUGCUCAGUUUGCUGAACAUGAAUGUGUAUAUAAAUUUUUUGAUACGUUGAAAACUGUGUGUAAAUUUGAACAAGAAAGAUUCAGAUGUGCAUUAGGGUCAUCUGGUUGGAGUAUAUCCAUGGAACUAGUUAUAGGACCUGAUGUUGGAAUAAGUUACCUUACAGAGAAAGCUUCAUCUCCAACACACAUGGCUGACUUCAACCAAGUACAAUCCAUACAAUCAUCUGUGUCAGAAAACAAAGGGCUUCUACAAAUAAAAGUGGCAGGAGCCACAGAGCCACUAACAAUAACAUGUUCCUCUGUUGAUGAGGCUGAAGAUAUGGCAGAUUUAAUUGAUGGAUAUUGUCGUUUAGUACAUGAUAUCAGUACUUCAGUAUGGAGCAAAAAAGCUGGCAUAGAAUGGGUCCCACUGAAUGACACAAAACCGAGUCGGAAAGAUGAGAAAAUACCAAGAACUCCAAAGUCAAGAGCCAGAAGAUUGGAUAGUUAUGGUAAAUCAGAACAGAGGAAUGGCCAUGACAGAUGUACUUCUGACUAUGCUGAGAUUGUGGAAGAAGAAGGGGACUACAGUACUCCUAUGAGCGAAGGUGGCAGCAGAAGAAGGAAGCGGAAGUCCAAGGACUAUGAAUUAAGAAGAGAUCUUGUACAGUUAUAUGAAGUUUUAGGAGAAGGACAGUUUGGUGAUGUCUAUAAAGGUGCAUGGACAGAUAAGGAUUCAGAAGUUCAUCCUGUGGCUGUGAAGACAUGUAAAGAAGAAAAUGAAGAAACCAUGACAGAAAAAUUCUUAGAGGAAGCAUUUGUCAUGCAGCAGUUUGAUCACCCCCACAUCAUACAUUUGAUUGGUAUAUGUUCUGAAACUCGACCAGUUUGGAUUGUCAUGGAAUUGGCAAAGCAUGGAGAGAUGAGAGCAUAUCUUCAAAACAACCGUCCUCGUUUAGAUUUAUGUACACUAUUAGUAUAUACUUGUCAACUAAGUACAGCUUUGUCAUAUUUGGAAAGUAAAAAGUUUGUACAUAGAGAUAUAGCUGCCAGGAAUGUUUUGGUUUCAUCUCAUGAUUGUGUAAAACUGGCAGACUUUGGUUUAUCCAGAGUUGUUGAGGAACAAAGUUAUUAUAAAGCAUCCAAAGGAAAACUGCCAAUAAAAUGGAUGGCUCCAGAAUCUAUAAACUUUAGAAGAUUUACUACAGCCAGUGAUGUGUGGAUGUUUGGUGUAUGCAUAUGGGAGAUACUUAUGUAUGGAAUUAAACCAUUCCAAGGUGUAAAAAAUAAUGAUGUGAUAGGUAAAAUAGAGAAUGGUGAGCGCCUUCCAUUGCCACCUGGUUGUCCUCCAGCCAUGUAUAAUCUGAUGUGUGCGUGCUGGUCUUAUGAACCCACUAGUCGACCAUCAUUUGCUGAUACCAAAGGUCGCCUUUCUGAGAUUUUAGAAGAAGAAAGAUUCCGACAGGAAGAAGAGAUGAGAAGAGAUAACCGGAGGAUACAAGAUAUAAAUUGGAGAUCAAGUGGAUCUGAUAUUGAGGAACCACCUCCAAAACCAGCCCGACCCCAGUACCCUGCCAUGUCACCCACAGGUUCCACACCCAAUCUGGCCAUCAACCACAGCAUAGCAUCUCUACCACAUCACUGGAACAGUACAACAAACCUGCCAAUAGGACAUAGUACCCCAUCAGGACCUAGUCCACAACACCCUCCUCCAGGAACCAUUCCAAGGAUGUCGGAGCAGAGAGUGAAUGAUCUUGGUCCAACGGAAAUAAAUCUCCAACAUUACUUUCCGUCAUCAUCAGGAUAUACUGCUGUAUCAUCAGUCCCUCAUAUCCAUCAGGAUAAUCAUAAUGACUUAGUGCAAGGACACUCUCAAAUACCUGGGGAAAGAGGUCUGGUGUACCCUCGAUACCAAGUGCCUCGUAAUCCCCAGGAAUGUGCCGAGAUAUUUGGUGGACAUUAUGAAUCCACUUCCCCUCGGGGUUCAGCUGUGAUAAAUGACAAUUAUACUCAGGAAGGCCAAUCAGAAAUGCCAGACUGGGAAUUCCGCGAACCAUUAGUGCUAAAUAAUAAUCACCAUGAUGAAUCUGAUCCUAAUGUGAUAGAACAGAGAUUACAACAACAACAACAACAGUUAGAAGAAGAUGCAAGAUGGCUUCAGGCCUCGGAGAAAAAUCUAGGCAGAGACAAAUAUGCUGUUCCUAUUAAACCUAAAAACAGGGAAUCUACAAAAGAAAAUGCUCCACCAGUGCAAAUGGUAGAAACUAGACCAACAAUAACAAUCCAGAAUAGAAUUUCAGACGGUGAGAAAUCAGCAGCUGAUUCCUUAGGUCAAGAUCUAGAGUCAUUAGAUCAAUUGGCAGAAGAUUUGGGUGUAACUCUCAAUGCAGACAAAAUGAAAUCUAUGCACUUAACAAUAAAAAGUGGGAGUCGUAGCAGUAGUACUAGUGGAUCAGAUGGUCUUAUAUCUCCUAAACUGCCUGAACCCCCACCAUCACCUGGAAUUGAUCGUACUAAUGAUCCAGUUUAUGAUAAUACCACUAAUGUUGUGAGAGCUGUUAUGACAUUUACAAAGGGACUUAACUCAAUGAAACCAGAAUUAUACAUUGACCAUAUCAAGGAUAUUGGACUUCAACUUCGUGGUUUGUUAGCCUGUGUAGAUGAUUUUUUACAACAAGUGCGUCAAAAAGAAUUUGAAGAGGUACAGAUGUCACAAAAGGUAUUAUCCACAGACAUGGCUGCUUUGAUAAGUUCAAUGAAACUGGCCCAACAGUAUGCCUUGACCACUGUGGACGCUGAAUACAGAAAAGGAAUGCUCAAAGCUGCCCAUGUAUUGGCUGUCGACUCCAAAAAUUUAUUAGAUGUUAUCGAUAAAACUAGAUUGAAAAAAAGCUGAUAGCUCAAAUAUCUGGGCAUUGUUUGAAAACUAAUGACUUCAUUAUUUCACAUUAUAAGAAUGUUAUUAUGCUGAUUUUACUAAAUAUUUUUAUACUGAAUUCUUAUAAUUAAAGUUAGAAAUUUUCCUUUUGAACUAUGCUCAAAUUUUGAUGAGAUUUUGAUCUUGCCUUAGCAUAAAUAUACCAUGUAAACAUUGGUCAUUUUCUUGCAUGCCUCAAGUCUCAUAUUUCUAACUUUACAGUUUUAGAAAACAUGUCAACAGUUUGAAAAGGUACUGAUUUUACCAAUAUUUUUGAAACAAUCUGACAUGACUAGUGUCAUGUUUUGUUAAUGUUUUGACAAGAAAACGUCAAAUGUCUAUCUGCAAUUUAUGAUAUUUAAUUUAAUUGUUUACAAAAUAACUAUUUGAUUUUCUAGCAAUGUAAAAAUUGAUUUAUUUAUUCUUGAAAACUGUAUUUUAGCUUGACUUUUUAAUAACAAUAUUUAUUUUAUGUACAAAAACACUAUGGUGCUAUUGUGUUUUGUUUGUCUUUUAGACAUAUCCCUGAGAGAAAACACUCCACAGCCUUUGCUUACUGUCCAUAUCUACAAAGAAAGAAACAAUUAUUAUUUGGUUGUGAAAUGGAAUAAGUGUCCUUGUUUUGUAUUAUUUUGAGGCCAAGUUUCUUUAAGGGGGUUUUGAGGAUUUACACACUGUUUUUAUAAGACUUUGAUAAUCAUAUUUUGAUGGACUGUAGCUUUUUUUAAUGUUCAAGAAGUGUAUUGAUAGCAUCAUUUUUUUUCAAUGCUAUGAAUUGUUAAACUACAUUGGGAAAUUUGCUAGUCAUUUGCAGAAACUCAUUAAUCCAUGGUAAUAUUUAAGAUACAAAUAUUGUGAUUAGAUGAUGAAAUUGUUAUUAUUGAAUUCUUGGCCAAUGUUGCCAUGUUAUUUCUAGUUUGAUGUUGGAAUGGUCUCAGGCUGGUGUACAAAAAAUGACAUAACUUUAAUCCUUUAGAUUCUCAAAUGGUAAAGCAAUCUGUGUUAUAAUAACAAAAUGUACAAAUCUGCUCUUGUAUUCUUUUCACAUUGCAAAAAUAAAACUGCUUGAAUCUGUGGAAGAUAUUUUUUCUAAAUGACUUUCAUAUUUCUUGAGUUUCAAGCACACAGGAUUAAGUACAUAUUGUCAAAUUUUAAACUUCUUAGCUGCUUCACAAAUCAAAUAGUAAUCUAGUUUUUUUCUUUACCAGUUUUAGUUAGUUAAAAGGAAUUGCAUUUUUAUCAAUUUUGCAUCUACUUUUUUUUCUCACUAAGUUUCGAAUGAAAGAAGAGAAUUGAUUGAAUGUGAUAUACUUGUAUAUGUUAACAGAUACACCUUGUUUUAAUAUGUAAAUAUUGCUUGUAAAAGAUAUAUAAAUGUGGAUGUGUGCAAUAUUUAGGUGAUCUAUAUCAUUAUUGAGUGUGAUUGAUGUAUAGAGAAUAACUGAUUGUAGAUCUACUAUAAAAUAAUAUAAUUACUCCAUGACAUACACAUAUGCAUAUUUAAAGCAAUUUAAAGCUUGCCUCUAUUAUAUAGUCGUGGUCAUCUCCAGCUGAAUUGUAUUAUUAAAUUAUAAAGACCAAAGCAUUUGUGAGUUUAAACCUUUGAUAGUAUUUGUAUAUUUAAGUUAUCUUGUUACAGAGAAAGUAGAUUUACUCUCAUAAAAGAAGUGAACCCUUUGCAAUAAAAUUACUUCUACAUCUUUUGAUUAGGUGUCACUAAAAUGUAUAAGUUUAUGUAACAAAUAGCUAUUUUGUAAUAUUCAGACAAAAUAAGUUUAUAUCAUGCAAACAAUAUAAUAACAUUGUCGUCUAUUUCAUUCCUAUGUUUCUGUUUACACAUAUGUAGGUUAAUUACAAUUAAAUGGAUAUAUUUCAGAAAAAAAAUAGGUUUUUAAUUGAAGGGUGACAUUGUGUAUCUGAUGGUGUCAUCUUUUUAAUUCCAUAAGAGUGUACAUAUCUUUAAAUAAUUCUAUUUAUAAAGUACCAUUAUUCCCACCAGUAUUGUGUUUGUAUCAUGUAAAUAUCCAUCUUGUAAACUUCUCAUAUGUCUCAUCAUUAAAUAAAACUCACAAGAACA